UGAAUGAAAGAAUGAAGUAAACACAAAGCAACACAGUCAGUGUACUGUGCUUGUUGAGUAAUAUAAACGGAUUGCCACUUUAUUCAUUAAUUCAAUUAUCUCACUAAAAUAUAUCUUCAGCAGCGUCACUAUUUUUCCCAUUUUGAAAAUAUUCGAUCACACUUAACGGGCAGCCAAAAGAGAUUAUAAUUUCAUUUGUGUUUAUGAAUGGAGGGCGGUGAGACCCGGCGGACUGCUAGGUUUUUCCUUUCAGAUCGAGAUGGGCCGAAAAGUUUUCAACUUCAUAUUGCGGGACUAGCGCUACCAGUAGGGGCACCGAUUUUCUGAGGACCCCUAAAGAAAGUGGCUUUGGCAAUGCUACGGGGUAUCUCAAACCUGAUGUGUACACUGCCCCUCUUCUUAGCACUGCUAGGGAUUAGUGGGGCCCAGUACGAGAAGUACAGCUUUAGAGGGUUCCCCAAAUCCGAACUCAUGCCUCUGGAAUCAGCCUACGGCUAUGCCUUGGACCAGUAUGCUGCUGAGAACUGGAAGGAGAGCGUCAAGUACCUGGAGAUGAGCCUCCGGCUUCACCGGUUGCUGCGGGACAGCGAGGCGUUCUGCAGCCACAACUGCAGCCGGGUGGCUCGUCGGGUGGGGGAAUGGGGCAACUUCAUGGAGCUGGAAGCAUUUGGCCACGUUCUUAGCCGGGCAGCCUGCCUCAAAGGUUGCAAGAGUACCUUGCCAGUGUUUCAGCUGAACCGACCAAAAGCAGACUUACUCCGGGACUUUGAUAAAAGAAUUCCUUAUAGAUAUCUGCAGCUUGCCUACUUCAAGUCUAAGAAGCUAGAGAAGGCAGUCUCAGCAGCUCACACUUACUUACAGAAGAACCCUGAUGAUGAGAUGAUGAAGAAAAACUUAAAUUAUUAUAAAACAUUAUUUGACGUGGAUGAAUAUCUCAUUGACCUGGAGGAACGGCCAUAUGAGAAGCUGUUCCUUAAAUCUGUGAAGUUAUACAACAGUGGCGAUUUCCGUUCCAGCACAAUUGAAAUGGAACUGGCAUUACCAGAAUACUACAAAGUAUAUGAGGAGUGUUUGGCUGCUUGUGAAGGGCCACAUGAGAUUAAUGAACUGAAAGACUUUUACCUUUCUAUAGCAGAUCAUUAUGCUGAAGUUCUGGUAUGUAAAGUCAACUGUGAAACAAAUCUGACUCCAAAUGUUGGUGGUUAUUUUGUGGAUAAGUUUGUGGCUACCAUGUACCAUUACCUACAGUUCGCUUAUUACAAAUUGAAUGAUAUUAAAAAUGCAGUGCAGUGUGUGGCCAGUUACAUGCUGUUUGAUCCCAGGGAUGAAAUUAUGCAACAGAACAUGCAGUAUUAUCGUUUUUACCGGGAACAGUGGAGUCUGGAUGAGAAUGACUUUAAGCCUCGACCUGAAGCAAUGCGUUACUACAAUCAGACAACAUUACAGAAGCAGAUGCUGGAAUUUGCCAAGAACUUCUUAACAUCUGAUGAUGAGAUGGAAGUGACAAGCGAGCUACUGUCCGAAGGUGAAGGACUAGUCACAGAUGCUGAAUUUGAAGGGGAUGGAGACUAUGAAGAAGAUAUUUAUGCAAAAUGGUGGCAGGAGCCAAAAUCUAAAGGAGAUGAAGGGGAAGAUUAAUUUAUUGUUAGAAGUCAAAGUGGUACCUCAGUGCCCAAGAUACAACACUUUCUGGUGUGGAACUGUGAAACAAAGAGCAGAUAAUUUGUUUUGCAAAGCAAGUGACUGUAGAGGAAACAGCCCUUGGCAGAGUCUAUGAAAUAGUAGAUGAAGCAUCAGGUCUGCUCUAGCCAUAAGAAUCAAUAAUGAAAGUAUUUAUAUAUAUUUGUUAUUUUUAUUUUUUACAAUGACUUAUCUAAAGAGUCCUGGUAUUGUCAGCAAUGUAAGUGUCAAAGCACUCCCUGUUAACUUACUGAAAGAAGAUUGCCAUAAUUUUUGGCAUGAGGAAUUAGAAUCAUCUUUGUAUGAUGUACCUUUGGGCUUCCAUUAUCAUUUGAGAAGUCAGAAUAACCAGGGGGCAGCAUUGCGCAUUAUAGUAGCCAAGGCUUCUACCAUUGGUUUCUGUUGCAAAAAAUAAAUAAAUAAUCCUGUAGUAUCUGCCAUCUGGCAUAACAUCUGGGGAGACUUAUGGUGGUUCUCACCCGUAGUGCUCAGCAUGGUAGAGAUCUGACUAACUCAUCAAACAGAAGUCAGUAUUUUUAAAGUGAUUUUCAUUGUACUAAUUGAGAAUUGCUAAUCUGUCAGCUGAAUCACAAGCCAAAGAGGGUCAGAUUAUUUUAUAUAAUGUCAAAUGUGGGUAUCAGCUAUUGUGUCACUUUGGAGUAGAUCACCUUUCCCUUACAAACCAGUUAUGCAUCUUUAUCCCUGUAGUUUGUGGUAUGGUUAUAGCUCAGACUUAACACAUGUUGCCUGUUCAAAGAUAGGUUGUAGAUUGAUUAUUGUUCAAGUAAAGUAUACUCGAAAGUUCAAGAUUGUACAUUUUGGGCAGAUAAAGUGUAAUUUGACAUUUCAGAGUUUUACAUUAUUAUUUAAGUAAGGUGUAAUUUAAAGGUUUAUUACUGUGAAGGAGAAAAUAUUCCUCAUGUCUUUUACCAGUAACCAUGUAACACUAAGAAUCACUUCAGGUAUUGAGUUUUCAUUAACCUUAUAAACACCUGCUCACUAUAUUCUCAUUUUGUUGUGGUUUAUCCCUUGUUCACUGAAGAACCUUCACUCUGCUCAAUCUGACCUAUCAUAAGCUACGCCAACCCAGUUCAUUGCCAUUCCCUCUGUCCACCUGCCCUAUAACCCUGCCAUCCCACUGUUCUGGCUGGCUGAAAGAUAAACCCAAGUAUAGCACUCAAGGGCAAAGCUACCACUGGGAGUAAAGUCUUGCACUAACUGAGAUGCUAUGUAAAUGGAUGUGGGUAUGAUCAGGGUGGGAUGUACAUUGAAUCUGCUAGGUCAGCAGGUGUGACCGGGACAGUGAGGGCACCUCUUCAUUUUUCUCCUUCAGCUUGCUCUGUUACAUACCCACUCCUGUGGUAGUGAAGAUGAACCUCCCAGUUUGCACAAGGGGUUGCUAACUACACUAGCUGUACACCCCACUAGACAGAGCAGUUUUCACCUAAGUUUCUUUCAAAAUCGUGGUCACUGGCAUAUCAAGAUAAAAUACAGUUGCUACACUGAUUAGCAGAUGUGUCUAAUUGUAUCUAAAUAAUGCAGAUAAUGGCAGCCUUGUGUUCUGUCUCUAAAAGAAGGCAACUGAAUAAAGUUUGGAAGUUGUUGUCAUUGAGUUUAUACAAGUGUAAUUUAUAAUAAAAAAAUGGUAGCCUGCCUAUAAAUGUGUAUCUUUAAUGUGUACUGUCUUUUCAAAACUGGUGGGACAAAUUUCCUUUUAGUAAUGUGAAGCUAUAGCAGCCUUCUGACAUGUGAAUCUUUGGAAAAUGCUAAAACCUCUCUGUAAUUUUUACUUAGUCCCAGUUAAUGUUUGAAAAACUUUUAGUGAUAACAGAACACCACUGUUGCCUUAGUGAUGAUGUGUGAUUAAAAUAACCCCUUUUGGA